GUGUUUAUAAAUAUUAGCUCUAUAGAAGGCAUACUUGGAAAGUUUUUUAUUUUAAGUUUUAAAUAAUUUUAUAUUUGUUACUACGCGAAUGGAAGGAACGCUUCCACCCAGUAGAGAAGAUUUUAAAACUAUAGAUUGUUACCAGCGAAUAGUGCCAGGGCCCCAGAAGAACUCCUCAGAAGAUAUUCCCCCCUGUCAGGCUUUCUUGCACACCUCUCCCAGCCCUUCAACUGCAGCUGAUUCCCUGCGGCCUUCUUUUCCCUGUCCGAGUGGAUUUUCUCAGGCCUCUCCCCUGCCUUAUGCUUAUCCCGCCAGACACCCUUUUUACCCGGUGGGCAUGCCCCUUGCGCCCUCCGCUCACCUCCCACCUCCGCAGAACCGCCCUCCCUUCCUUUUGUACCCGCCGCCUAAUUUCACACCCUUAACCAAUCAUACUAGUUUUUCAGCUGGCUUUCCACCGACCCUUCGUCCUAAUUUUUUCAACAGUCAGCACUCACCCUCCACACUUCCUAUAACAUCUGGCAACGUACCAAUACUCGAGAAAGAGAAUAACACAAAAAGCAUGAAGGAUUCUGUGGAAACUUCUGAACUUGACCCCAAAAAACUGAAAACUGAGCCUUCUGACGGGAACAACAGAAGUGGUAAACCGGACAAGCCUAUAGCGCGUAUUGCUGUUCCUGAUUCUUUUUGGUUAGUUGUUUUAACUGCAAGCAACAAACGGUUUUACUAUAACACUGUUUCCAAAACAUCCGACUGGGAUCUGCCUGUAGAGUUGGAGCUAAUGGGAUUCGAUGAUAAAGCGAUAGACAAACUUAUUGAACUUUAUAAAAUAAAUAAGGAAAUUAAGAAGGAAAACUUUCGAGAGGCUCAGGAGCCUGAAAAGGAUACAGUUGAAAGCGCAAACUUGCUUGGAAAACCGCAAAUAGAAGGAAUAGAGGAAGACGACCAAGAAAAAAUAAGCAAGGUAGAGCCAGAAGAUAAGUUACAACCCGCAGCAACUCUUUUCUAUGACGAACGGGUCAAGCGGUUUCGUGAAUUGUUGGAGGAAAGGAAGGUUUCUGCUUUUUCCACGUGGGAUAAGGAGCAGACGGUUUUAGCUUUGGACCCGCGCUAUAAACUUCUUACGAUGAAGGAACGCAAACAAAUAUUUGAUAAAUAUUGUCGCGAAUGCGCUGAGCUGGAAAGAGCCGAAAAGCGGGAGCAGAUAAUAAAAAACCGACAUUUUUUUAAAGAAUUGCUGGAAGAAGUAGUCGACUUAGAUUUGCUUUCUUUUAGCGAAUUUUCUGCUAAAUACUCUCGUGAUCCGCGAUUUAAAUGCGUAGAAAAGUGGAAAGAAAGAGAACUUUUAUUUAAGGAAGCAGCGGAAGAGUUUAAAAAAAACGCUACCAUAAAACGAGAAGAGCGGAAAGCGAGAAAUAAACAAGCGUUUAUCGUCCUUUUGAAUGAAAAAGGGAAGAUGCACGUGGAAAGUACUUGGAAAAGGGUGAAGGAGCGAAUCACCGGGGAUAGGCGAUACGAUAUAUUGUCCCGAGAGGAAAGAGAAAAAUGCUUUGACGAAUAUCUGACUGAGCUUAGAGAGAGAGAUACUGAGUACAUGAAAAAGCAAAGAGAAAAGGCAUCUAUUAAAGAAAGAGAGCGGCUGGUCAAGGCCACUCAAGAAGAGUUGCAGAAAAGUUUAAAUAAAGAAAAAAGUAAUUUUAAACGCGACGAGGGAGUCGAAACUUUUAAAAACCUUUUACGAGACGUUAUCAGAAAACACGACAUAUGCUGGAAUGACGCUAAAGAAAAGUUAAAGCAAGAUUCCCGUUGGAAUUGCGGCCUCACAAGAGAAGAGAAGGAAAAAUAUUUUUAUCAGCAUUUGCGCCUUUUAAACGAAAAACUCGCCUCGGCCUUUUGGAAGCUUAUUGACGAGACCAAAGAGAUAGCGCUAACUUCUGAAUGGGUCAAUGUGCGACCUUUAAUAUGCGAUGACUUUCGUUUUGAAAAGUUUGGCGACGAUAGAAAAAGAGAAGCUGAAUUUCGUUAUUAUAUGCGUCAAAAAGUGAAGCAAGCAAAGAUAGACUUUAAACAGCUCUUGCGAGAGACAAAACUAAUAACCCACAAAACUAAGAACGUCAUCGCUAAGGAUCCUAGAGAGCUUUCAGAAAUAGAAAAAGUCUUAAAGAACGACAAGCGUUACGGGGAUUUGGACUGCAUUGCUCAAGAGCGCUCCAUCCUCCUUCUGGAGUACAUCGACGACUUGGCCCAGCGGGGCUCCCCACCACCGGUAACUGCCACUGUAAGGGACCGACCCCUCGUCAAACUAAAGCAAGCCAAGAGCCGAAUCCCCUGAAUUAGCUCGUUGCUCUACGCCUCAUUAUGGCUGCCUCUAAGUUCAAAGAAAA